AUGAGGUUCGGUUGGUUGGAGGUAGCCGCUCUUACGGCUGCCUCCGUGGUCAGUGCCAAGGAUGACCUGGCAUUCUCCCCUCCCUUCUACCCCUCUCCGUGGGCAAACGGUGAGGGUGAAUGGGCAGACUCGUACAAGCGCGCUGUCGAGUUUGUUUCGAACUUGACCUUGGCUGAGAAGGUCAACCUUACAACUGGUUCUGGCUGGCAGCAAGAGAGAUGUGUUGGUGAGACGGGCGAAGUUUCUAGACUUGGAUUCUGGGGUAUUUGUUUGCAGGAUUCUCCCCUGGGUAUUCGUUUUGGCGACCACUCCUCCGGCUUCCCCUCCGGCCUCAACGUUGCUGCAACCUGGGACAAAAAGCUUGCCUACCUCCGUGGUAAGGCAAUGGGCGAGGAAUUCCGUGACAAGGGCAUUGAUGUUCAACUGGGACCUGUCGCUGGUCCCCUUGGCGCUUUCCCUGAUGGUGGUCGAAACUGGGAGGGUUUCGCUCCCGACCCUGUGCUGACUGGUUUCCUGAUGUCGGAGACUAUCAAGGGUAUCCAAGAUGCUGGUGUUAUUGCUACUGCUAAGCAUUACAUCGGUAAUGAGCAGGAGCAUUUCCGCCAAAGCGGCGAGGCUAAGGGUUAUGGUUACAACAUUACUGAAAGUUCGAGCUCAAACAUUGAUGACAAGACAAUGCACGAGUUGUAUCUCUGGCCUUUUGCUGAUGCCGUUCGUGCUGGUGUCGGCGCGUUCAUGUGCUCAUACAACCAGAUCAACAACAGCUAUGGCUGCUCCAACAGCUACCUGAUGAACAAACUCCUCAAGUCUGAACUAGGCUUCCAAGGAUUUGUCAUGAGUGAUUGGGGUGCACACCACAGCGGUGUUGGCGCUGCUUUGGCUGGUUUGGAUAUGUCCAUGCCUGGUGACACUGUCAUGGGCGACCCCUACACCUUCUGGGGAACCAACCUGACCAUCUCGGUUCUCAACGGCACCGUCCCCGAGUGGCGUGUGGAUGACAUGGCCGUCCGUAUCAUGGCUGCUUACUACAAGGUGGGCCGCGAUGAGGUUCGCACCCCUCCCAACUUCAGCUCGUGGACCACCGAAGAAUUCGGAUACGCGCAUUAUGCUGCUCAGGAAGGAUACGAGAAGACCAACUGGAAUGUCAAUGUCCGCCGCAACCACGCCAAGGUCAUCCGCGAAAUCGGUUCGGCCAGCACGGUUCUUCUGAAGAACAAUGGCGUGCUCCCCCUGACCGGUGAUGAGGACUAUGUCGGAAUUCUGGGCGAGGACGCCGGAGCUAACCCCUAUGGUGCCAACGGCUGUGAAGACCGUGGCUGCGACAAUGGUACUCUCGCUAUGGCUUGGGGCAGUGGUAGUGCGGAAUUCCCUUACCUUGUGACUCCCGAGCAGGCCAUCCAGAACGAGGUUCUCAAGGGCGAGGGCUCUGUGUUCGCUGUGACCGAUAACUGGGCUCUCGAGCAGAUGGCUUCUAUUGCUUCGCAGUCCUCUAUCUCUCUCGUCUUUGUCAAUGCCGACUCCGGAGAAGGUUUCCUCAAUGUGGACGGAAACAUGGGUGACCGCAAGAACUUCACCCUCUGGAAAAAUGGCGAGAAUGUGAUCAAGACUGUCACUGAGAACUGCAACAACACCGUUGUGGUCAUGCACACUGUUGGCCCGGUCCUGAUCAAGGACUGGUAUGACAACCCUAACAUCACUGCCAUUGUCUGGGCUGGUUUGCCUGGCCAGGAAAGCGGAAACUCUCUCGCUGAUGUGCUUUACGGCCGUGUCAACCCUAGUGGCAAGAGCCCAUUCACCUGGGGCAAGACUCGCGAGGCUUAUGGUCCUUCUCUGCUCACCACCCAGAACAACGGCAAUGACGCUCCCCAGCAAGAUUUCACCCAGGGUGUCUUCAUUGACUACCGCCGAUUUGACAAGUUCAACGAGACUCCCAUCUACGAGUUCGGAUACGGUCUGAGUUACACCACCUUCAACUACUCCAACCUCGAAGUUCGAUCCCUGAAUGCAUCGCGGUACACCCCAACCACUGGCAAGACUGAUGCCGCGCCUUCUCUGGGCGAGGCUGGCAAGGCCUCGGACUUUUUGUUCCCCAAGGGACUGAACCGCAUCAUCGGCUACAUUUAUCCGUGGUUGAACUCGACCGACCUGAAGUCGGCGUCCGGAGAGAAGAACUAUGGCAUGAAGGCUUCUGAGUACAUUCCCGAGGGAGCCACCGAUGGAUCCGCCCAGGAGCUCCUGCCGGCCGGCGGUGGCCCUGGUGGUAACCCUGGUCUGUAUGAAGACCUCAUCGAGGUUUCUGCUACUAUUACCAACACUGGCAAGGUUGCUGGUGACGAAGUCCCACAGCUGUAUGUCUCCCUUGGUGGUGCCGACGACCCCGUUCUUGUCCUCCGUCAGUUCGACCGUCUCCACAUCGAGGCUGGAAAGCAGGCAGUGUGGAAGACGACUCUUACCCGCCGUGACCUCGCCAACUGGGACGUUGCGGCGCAAGACUGGACCAUCACGAAGAGCGCGAAGAAGGUGUACGUGGGCAGCUCUUCGCGGAACCUGCCCCUCAAGGCCAAGCUUCCCACCGUUCAGUAG